GUCAUAAUCGAAGCCAGCUAACGACAAUGUACCUGCUGUUUUAUAUCAGUUACGAACUCUAGGGGACCUUUGUUACUUUAUUACUAAAUGAGCCGCGGCAGCUGUCAACACAAACAUGAAACCGACCCUUGCUGUGUACUUUCUGUACAUGCCCCUCGCCAUCUGUAGUUCAUUCACUUUGUAUUGUGUUUAGCUGGUAAUAAGUUGUCUCUCCUACAGCUCGCCGAAUUUUGAAUCAGAAAGAUAAGAGAUAUUAGAAAAAAAUCGCAAAAAAGCCUUUGAUUCUGAUUUUUUACAGCUAAAACAAAGCACAAAGUUUCUGACUCAAAAAUAAGAAGAAUGUUUUAGCGGGGUGCUCUUGAUGCAAGCAGUUUUUAUUUUGUAACAUUCCACAAAGAUUUACAUAUCAAAAUGGCGGCAACGUCACUUCAGCCACACGAACGAGAGUGUGCCGUGUGCACGAAUGAAUUCACGACACCAAAGAUUCUACCCUGUGGUCAUCUCCUGUGUCGAGAAUGUGUCAUUUCCUGGAUGGAUUCCAAAGCUGAUGCCAGCUGUCCACUGUGUAGAUGUCCUAUAGUACAGCCCACAGCACAGGUAGAUCGAAGUUCAACUGAUGUUGCCGACGCCCUGCCAACAGAUUUCGUGACAGAAGCGCUUUUGGAGAGCGCUCGCGUGCUGGCUAAGGAUCACAUUUGCUGUGGCUGUGCAGACGUCACGGCUGGCUUCAUCUGUAUGCAGUGCCUCGAUAUGAUGUGUCAGUCUUGUUGUAUGAUUCACCGAAAAUUUUCUGCGACCUGCAGUCACGAUGUGGAGAGUGUCAGAACUGUGACACCUGAACGUCUGGCUGCCAGCCGCCCUGCACUGUGUGCUGACCACGGCGACAAACACGCGGAGAUCGUUUGCGUCGAUCACGGCCUCGCCGUCUGCGCAUCCUGCACUGUCACGAGACACCGGAAGUGUAAAGCAGUGAGAGAGCUCCAAACGGAAAUGACGUCAUCCAAGAGCACAAUCGCUAUUCUUACAUGCAUGAUCGACAACGCUGAGCUAAAUCUCGAGGAAGCCAUUGCUAAGCUUGACUCUCGUCUGCAGGAAGUUGGUGACAACGAACAAAACGACAUGGCGCAGGUGGACAUACAUUGCCAACGUCUUCACCAUGUGGUUGACGAUUUUUGCAACACACUAAAGGAAAGAACCCAUGAAUCACAUUCACAACUAAGGAAAUCUCUCCGGGAUGCCAAGAAUGUCCUGGCCGAGCAGCAAGUGAAGGUGACGUCACACAAGCGCAUGCUGACGCGAGCCACAACCGUCGCUCCGAGACCCGGGCUGAUAUUCGCGACUAAGGCUCUGACAGACAGGGUCAACUACCUGGACAUCAAUGUCAAGCUAGCGGGCGAUGUUCUAAGGAAUCCUUCCACAAAUGCUGGAUUUUGCGAAAGUGUCGUUAGGCGGAUCGAGAAAGAACUACAUGGAAUUAUAGACCCGAGAGCUAAGAGUCAGGCAAAGUCCGCAAGUGGGGCUGUGAUGCUGACCAGAAGUAAGACAGAGACGGGAAAAGGAUAUGAACUCUACAUUUCUCAGCUUGGUGAAGUCACAUCCUGUGAACCUCUGGAGCAGAAUGUCUUGUAUCAGCUGCGGAUGGACCAAAGUAAAUGGAAAUCCAGACAAGCAGGAAGUGUGCAGUACGGAGUGUCAGAAGAGCGCCCAAAGGGAUGUAACUUGCAAACGGAAUUCAGCCAUUCCAGAUGGAAAGAGAUAAAUUAUGAAGGAAGCGUGGCUGGAUUAAUGAUCGACUCCUAUAAUUACCUUCACUUUUACCUCGAUGGCAGUCUGAUAGACACAGAGAAAAUACCAGUUUCAAGACCGUGUUACGCCCUGUUUAAACUCAACACUCGCAUGAAGGUCACGUUGCUGCACCCGAUACUAAAGAUCAUCUAAAGCUGAAGGAAGACGAACUGAGCGAGAACAAGACCAUACACAGAAAAAGUUCAUUUGCUUAGUUUGUAACUCCAUAAAUCACAAACCCUGAGAAAUCAUUUCAUCUCAAAAGUCAUAUUAUCACCGAAGUGUUUCUAGCACCUUGUAAUUUCUUACAGACGUACACGUCACCUGACAACUUACCUACAUUUACUCUCAUGUUGUGUAACAGACAGAUCAAGUUACGAACUGUUUUAAAUAACGAUAAAAAUAUGCAUCAGUGUAUUUGUAGAUAAAAACAUCGACUUGAGUUAUUGAAACCUCUUUCUUUUAAAUGCUGCGGGUAUCCAGUUGUGCUCACAGUUCGCUUGGCGGUCCAAACCUCGAAGUAUUAUUAGUAACAUACAUUUCAAGAUGGUAGACCUACACAAAAUAGGUUUUGAAGUGUGCUUCUAUCAUGGUGUUUGCCAAUAACCAGUCAUACACAAACAUCACGGCGCCAUGUAUCAAAAGACUGUAAGUAUUCAAGCCCGUUAGUGUAACCAAGGGCUAUGAAUACUGUUUACUUUCCCUCUGUGCCCUCCACUCCUACCCAACAUGUAGUCUCGCCAUGAAUACCCGUUAAUGAAAAGAACGUGUACAAGGAGGGUAUCGGCUAAGCAUAGAAGUGUUCACGGCAAAAACCGUUGACACUCACUUUGUGUCAACACUCCUUUGUGCAAUAAUGGGGUCACCCCCGCCAUUGUACUGCUUUUUUCAAGAUGUCUGAGAGAUUCUAUCCCCUCAAACCGUAACCGUUAUAUCUGCCAUAACCUAGGUGACCUCGUUUUAGUGGUUAAUGGCAGACUGUCAUCAGAAAUCCCAGCAGA